AUGUCGUCGAACGCGCUGGCGGAUCUACUUGGCCAAAACAGCACCGAUCCGAAGGUAAGGCUGGAGUUGGGCAAGAGGAUUCUGGCCGAGAUUCGGGCCAAUGGUCUGCCUGGUGACUCAAGUACGCUGACAACCUUCAUGGACGUUGCGGCCCAGUGGCUGCACGGAACCAACUACAAAGUUUCGAUUUCGCUCGCUGCCCUUGAGAUAAUGAACGCUUCGAUGGACGUCCUAGGCGAUGAGUUCGUGCCGUAUCUGACCGAUAGCUUGUCGGAAUUGGUCGAACGGCUGGGCGACAGUCGACUGCAAGUUCGUCAAGAGACGCUGAACUUGAUCAUGAAAUUAAUGCAGUCGUCCAAAAGCUCUCCACAGGUAAACGAGUUUGUGUGUUUUUUUAUUCGUCGGUCUCACGCGUUCUCCUUCCUCCUCUUCGCUGUCGGUGCUGCUUUGCCAUCACUUUGUGGUGUAAAUCGGCGACGUUCGUCUGCGUGCCAUCUCGAAUCUCCGACAGUCAUCGAAUUCUCUUUCCCGGGUUUUGUAAUCGUUUCGUGUUACGAUGAUUUUCUCCAUUUUCCUAAAAACCGCUGUCGGACCGAGAUGGCACAGCAAAGCGUACAGCGCCGAAUCACCAGGCGCCGCAAUCGAUUCGAGAGUCAAGUAAUACUGAGUUAUGUUUUUCUGUCUACGUCGCUUUGCCUUCCGCCAGUUCUUUCUUCCUUUUCGAUAAACUUGCCGUUUGUUUUGUACAUUCAUUUUUGUACUGAAUGA